AUGCCUCUAAUAAACGAAGUAAGCAACAGCAAUAGUAGUAGCGAACUAGACAGUACUAUAGAUACUAAGCUAGCAGUAAGUGUCUAUGAACCCGUAAACUCCGAUGGCAGAUGGCCAGUAGAGCUCGGUAGGGAGUGUCUCAUAUGCUUGGAAACUUGCUCGGAACAACGUCCUAUGUGGAGAGCAGGUCAUUGUAGGCAUGGAAUAUGUAAACUGUGUUUCAUAAAAUUGCUGAGUGAACAAAAGCAGCCAGGUCAGUGGGCUCUUUGCCCAUUUUGCCGAGCUAGUUUAGAUCUUAGAAUAAGAUGGUCUCUCCCUCCACCUUGUAAAUUUACAGUUUCAUACGAUCAUUGGGAUGGCCAUUACUUCCGAAAACUACCUCAAGACAGAUAUCUGGCCGGUAAGAAUGAGGAUGGGGAUAGAGUGGUAAUAGAAAACACUUCAUAUUUGGAAAUUCGCCAACUGGGAGAUUUUACGGAGAUCCAUUUGAAACGGACAAUGGGUUUGAAGGUAACGUCAUGUAUCCACAACCAUUCCGUUAAUUGCAAGCAAUCGGAAGCUAUUAGUCAGUCGAAAAGGAUUUCCCAGAUUCUCGAUCUACUUGCAUCGGAGUUCAAGCGCGAAACAGAUAUCUCGCGGUCUAAAGAUAGAAUUUCCUUUUGCGUUGCUAAAGAGAUUCAACCUGGAGAUGAGCCACUGUUUGUUGAGACUCUACUUCAAAAGUCUACAUCGCGGCUAGAUGGUGACUGCCAAGAACUUGAGUCUAUUCCUUGUGGUUCGAAGUCAGGUAUUCGUUCCUACGAAUUCAUAUUGUGGAAUACCAAGAUUCGGGAACGAAGCUAUCCUCAUGCGUUAAUUCCUCCAAGCUGUCUCCCUCCAGAAGACAAGUUAACCCGGAAAAGGAUCUUCCGGACAUUUGUUGACAUCCAUAAGGUUCUAGCUUUGAGAUUUCCCGAGAUCCAACAAGCAACGGAUGUUGUACCGUUCCUCGAGUCCAAGGGACUUCGAAUGUCGAAUACUAGGCUUGCACUACACCCUGGAAAAGAGUUUAGCGAUGUGGUAACACGAUCUUCGGUAAUCAGCACUGUCGCUGAAGCUAUACAAGAACGUCUAGGUAGACCGACAGCUUUGCGUUUAGAUGAGGACGAUCGGCCAUUCGAGGAUGCACGACGGGAAUACAUUUCUCCAUGGUACAAUGAAUUAGAGGAAUUAUACCGUGCAAACUUCGAAUUUGCGAAGGACUAG